UCCGGAAUACGAACCACAAAAUUGUUUCAAGCAGCACAUCUUCGUCUAAGGAAUUGCCGUCCCACCCUAUAUCAGAAUUUUUUUCGAACCUGUUUCUUACAGCACCUGGAUUGACGCACGAGAAGCGACUGUCUAUAUACCCUCGCACCCUUGUUUCCCCGCUGCCACGCUUACACGGCACGCUUCGCCGUGGUGUCGGUCACACAAAAUCUGAGAAGACAGCAUUGCGGUCGGACUGCGGGCGAGACAGACUCUUGGAGCUUCCUCAGCCAUGGCUUCUGCGCAGCUGAUAUCCACAGACUCGCACGCGAAGGAUGCAGCCUUCUCCUCGGACACUGCGACCACGAUCACGAUCGGGACUCGCACGUCGAAGCUCGCGCUCGUGCAGACCGACAUUGUCGUCGCCAGCCUGAAGGCCGCGUUCCCUAACUACACCUAUAAGGUCGAGGGAAUGGUUCCGCUAGGAGAUAAGGAUAAGCUCACGGCGUUGUACAACUUCAAUGCAAAGUCGCUGUGGACGAGCGAGCUCGAAGCGGAGCUGUCGCUCGGCAAGCUGGACAUGAUCGUGCACAGUCUGAAGGACAUGCCGACGCAGCUGCCGGAAGGGCUGAUCCUUGGUGCCGUGUUCCCACGCGAGGACCCCAGGGAUGCGCUGGUGCUCAAACCCAGUCGGCUGCCUGCCGAGUCGGAUUCGAAGAAGCCUCUGUCUGCAGACGAGAUUUUGUCCAGCCUACCAGCGGGCAGUGUUGUAGGCACGAGCUCGCUCCGACGCAUCGCGCAGAUGAAGAAGCGUUACCCACAUCUCAAGUUCGCUGACGUGAGAGGCAACGUGCCCACGCGGCUUCGCAAGCUGGAUGAUCCGUCCAGCUUCACCGACCAGGUGGUGCCGGACUAUGCAGCCAUAGUCAUUGCCGUGGCGGGCCUGGUGCGGUUAGGUCUGGGGCAUAGAAUCACGGCAUAUCUGUCCGCAUCGGACGGAGGCAUGAUGCACGCUGUCGGGCAGGGCGCCAUCGGCGUCGAGACCCGCGAAGGCGACGAGAGGGUACGGGCGCUCCUUGAGAAGCUUGGAUGUUGGAAGACCGAGCGAGCCUGCCUAGCGGAAAGAAGUCUAAUGCGCACGCUUGAGGGAGGUUGCAGCGUUCCCUUAGGUGUGGAGACGACAUGGGAGAACGACGACAUGCUAAAGCUAGCCGCGUCAGUUGUCAGUGUCGAGGGCGACGAGAGCGUGGAAGCCGAGGCAAAAAUGUGCGUUCGAACGAAGGAGGCCGCAGAGGAUCUGGGCAAGGAAGUAGCGAGGAUUAUGAUCGAAAAAGGAGCGGCUAAGAUCCUGGACAAGAUCACGAUGAACAGAAAGAUCAUCGCUGAGCAGCACAAGGCAUAGUAGGACAUCGAUGGAAGAAGAAAGUCACAACCGGGGCAGGCCUCGGUUCGACUGGAGCUCUCUCCCCCUCGAAGCAGCGGUUGGGAGCCAUUUGCGACCUCUGAACUUUGAAGAGUGUGAGCAUCGUCCAUACAAAAGACGACGCAUCUGGAACACAUGCCUAUGAGUGUCGACUUUGAGGUUCCAGGAAACAACCACAAAUGCGGACAGCUUAAGCCAGUACCAAUUGUGCCCUGAACGACAUGAAGGGAGAAAGACAAGGCCGACUUAUCCGCAAGCAGGCAGCCCACCAUUCCGAUGACGCGGUGCUUUACGCCUAUUAAAUUUUGAUUCAAAAACCCUGCCAGCGCCCCUACUCAGAACGCUCUCGCAAUGCCAAAAGAAAGCUGGGAGAAAGCCACCCAGCUCAAAGUUUUCCAAAGUCUCAAACGUGUUUUUGAAGUGUCCCCAAAGCAAUCAAAAGACCCCAAUGUGGGGGAGUGACCGAAAUGAUUCUACUCCGGUUCCGAAUAUUCAAGACCUUGCCAC